CAUAGAAGUGUAGCUCUGCCAAUAAAGCUUUACCUAUUAUGUAUGUGUCAUGCAAAUCGUUGGCACGCACGUCAAAAACACUUGUUCCAUACAUUUAGCACUGCUGUAUCAGUACUAAAUACAUAGACCCUAAGUGAAUUUGCUAAAGUGUUACAUGGCACUUAAGAAGUCAGGUAGCUUGUACACGAGAAUGUCGACGUGAGCCUCAGCGAAACAGCCCAUGGGCUGCUUCUUAAGUAUACCUACAGCCCCGGCGUCUGAAAGCCCUGCUGCUGGCCCUGCUCAGCCGGUUGCGUUUGAAGAGCUUCUCGACGCAGCAAGCAAGGCACCCCAGAAACUAGGAUUAGAAAACAAUGAAAUUGGGGUGCCUACACUUGUAGAGACUGGCCAAGCACCAGUCCCCUUGGCGAGCAGCGGAGGUAACUCCGGCAAGGGCAGCAGCCUGGAUGGGACAGCGACGGGCCAGCCCAGGAAAUCUCCAUUAAGGGCUCCUAGUAUUAAGGCAUCGACUAACAAGAGUACGCUAUCGGCCGUUGACAAGGGUACUCAAUUGAUUGAAUCGCUCUCCGCGAUUGAGGGGACUGCUGUGGAAAAGGUUGAAGCUUUCACGAGUCUUUUGGUCGGCGAGAGCUAUGUACAAUUCGCAAGUAUCUCGGUCGUCAGCGAGGAUGAGCAAGUAUUCAUGGUGCUCACGGCGUCAGGAGUUGGCUCCGACUUUCUCCCAAAGCACUACCUCCUAAACGUUGCCAGUUCGCACUGGUCCGUCCAGCGGGUUGUAUCAGAGGGCACUGCCUGCUUCUGGGCGGCAGGCGAACACAAUGCGGAUGAACUCCCAGAGGAUUGGAAAUGCCUCUUCAAAAUGCAGAAGCUCAAAUCCUUCUUGGCGGUGCCCAUCAAAGUCGGAACACAGCUCGUCGGGGUUCUGAACGUGGCGCUAGUCAUUGAAGUGGAUGAGCAAAAGCACUGGUGGGGUUUGCAGCUGCGGCUGCUGGCUGCCGUACUGGCGCAGCACUUCCACGAUGCGCACCUGCGCUCCAAGAUCAGUUGGCUGCAGGCGGUGGCGCGGCAGGAGACGGUGGAGCAGCUCAGCAUGGCCACUCUCAAGGGCCUGACGGGCAUGUUUGGAGCGCUCCGCGACCUCUCCUUCUACAUUGCCCUGGUGCUGCCGGGGCGCCCCUGCGCCAUCAUGCUCUCGCUGAGCAGGGAAAUGAUGGAGGCGGCAGCAGCAGCAGCAGGGGGA